AUGAGCAAAGAUCAUAAACCACGCGUUCGCAAACGAGCAACACAUAUUGUAACUGAUUCGAGGCCACGGCAUAAUUACGGAAGCGAGAAACCACUGUUUGUCUAUUCAUGUAUCUGUGGUCAAAUGUCACUGAUAAUUGACUGUCUAGUAGAGAAACUACCAAGGCGUCCUAGAGAUGACGCCAGAGUUAUUGAUGGAUCCAAACGCGCUCAUAAAACAACAGCCACGGCUGUUAAUCCACUCACUCCAAUUUAUAUACGUUGGCCAAAUGGAAUAGAGAAGCAGUUCCGCAGGUAUUGCAAAAGCUGUGGAUUACCAAUCUUUUAUCGUCACAGUGCAGAAAAUUCAACGACUGAAUUUAUUAUAAAGAAUGCAUUAAAACUUCAAGAUGAUCAAGCUGCAUUAUCUGCAUCUAUGUUAUGUCCGAAACGACCAACUGCUGCGAAGCAUAUUGAUGAAAGCUCUGCUAAUGCCAGAUUACUCGAAGCAUUAGCUGCUGAGGCGGCUGCCCUACAGCAAAGUGAAGCCUCGAAUAACGCCCCAUUGCGUCGAAGUGUUCAACAACAAGAAACUACUCAAGGCAUUGAUACCGCUGUCACUGUUUCUACUAUUGAAGAUGAAGAAGAGGAAGCCGAAGCGAAAGAAAUAGCAGAUUCGUAUGCAGCCAAUGCUCGUGUCAUUGAACAAGAAAUGAUUCGGCGUGGCAUCAUAAAACGCCGUUUGGUUGAUGAGGCCAAUGAAGAGGCUCAACAAAGGCGAAUUCGAGGGACGUUAAUUGAAAAGCAAUAA